CAGUAGUGUAAGUGUGUGGCGGCGCGGCCGGGUCGAGUCGAGCUGCAUGGGACGGGACACGACUUGGCUAAAUUUAGAGCAAACGCGCCUCCGCUAGGCGUGGCGCCAGGGGUCGCGGCGUGGCGCGGCGCGGAGGGUUUGCAGGCCGGCCCCAUCCCGUCUCAUCCUGGCCGAGGGGGACCCGCCGGCGUGCGUGCGAAUCGAACGCGAAAAAGCAACGAAGUAGUCGCUCGGCGAGGCGUGCUGCGAGCGGGCCGUCGCGGGUCGCGAGGGGCUAUCGGCCGCGUGGGGACGAGGGCGCCUAGCGCGACGCGCCGCAGCGGCAGUGACGCUCGGCUCGCGCCGCCCGCGGGCCGCCGUGGACAUGGUGUAGCAGCGCAAGCAGCGCGUGUAGGAUGACGGCCGUGUGCUGCGCGGGCCGCUGCCUGGGCUGCUGCUCGUGCUGCAGCUCGAGGCGGGCGCUGGCCCGGCGCGCGCGCCUCCGCGCCGUGCUGCCCGUGCUGCUGGUGCUGCUGGGCGCGGGCUACUGCGCGGCCUGGGGCGGCGCCUGGCCCGGCUGGAGGCUGGCCGGCGUGGCGCUGGGCGGCGCGCUGCUCGACGCGCUGGGCCGGCGCCCCGUGCUCGCGCUCUCCGUGCCGCUGCAGCUGGCCGCCGCCCUGCUGCACGCCCUGCUCGUCGUCCAGGACGGCGAUGACGUCCCCGCCGUCAUCAGGAGCAGCGGCGCCGAGGACGGGAUCGCCUGGAUGAACGGGACGGCCGAGCUGGAAGAGGCCCUGAACGCAACUGCGGGCCCCGCCGUGGGCUCGGCGUACAGCGGCGCGCUGCUGGCGCGGUCGGCGUGCGCCGGCGCCGCGCUGGGGGUGGCGCUGCCCGCCGCGCUCUUCUACCUGUCGGAGCUGUGGCGCGGGCCGCGGCGCGGCGCCGUGUGCUGCGUGCCCGCCAUCGCGGUGGUGGCGGGCCGCACGCUGGCGCCCGCGCUGGCCGCGGCGCUGGGCCCGCGCCUCGCCGCUCUGGUCGGGCUGGCGCCGGGGCUGCUGGGGCUGCUGCUGCUACUCGCCGUCGCGCCGCCCUCGCCCUACUGGCUGGCCUUCCGGGGCCGGGAGGUCAUCCUCAGCCGGGCACUCGCCAGGCUGCGUGGCUUCAGGGACGAGCGCGCGGUGCGGGACGAGGCGGACGACGUGGCGGAGACUGUCCGCGAGCAGCGCUCCAGCUUCUGCGCGGGCAACUACGUGGGCCCGUUCCUGGCGCUGCUGCUGGUGGGCACGCUGCCGCUGGCCGGGGUGGCGCUGCUGGACGAGAAGCACCGGCCCGCCGUGCUUCUACCGUUCGGCCCCUCCGUGGCCGGCGAGGAGGCGCCGCUGGGCUGGCUGGUGCGCGUGGCGUACGGCGUUGGCGCGUUGCUGGCCGUGGCCGCGGUGGCCGCGCUGGUGGACCGCUGCGGCCGGCGCCCGCUCCUGGUGGCGGCCUGCCUGGUUCUGGCCGCCGCCCACGCCACGCUAGGCUACUUCCACUACUUCCUGGGCACGCCGGUGCCGGCGCGCGCUGUCCUCGCCUGGUACAUCACGCUGGGCGCGGUCGGGCUGGCCGCGCUAGCCGAGGCCUCCCUCGCGGCCCUGGCGUGGCUUGUGCUCGCCGAAGUGCUCCCCAUGCGCACCAAGGCCGUCAUCCCGACGGUGGCCGUUCUCCUCGAGGUGCUGGUGCAGUUCUGCCUGGACGCCGUGCGCCUCGGGCUGCCCCUGGGCGUGGAUGUGGACGAGGACGGCCGACUCUGGCACGCGGCCUGGUGUUGGGCGCACGCCCUGUGGUGCCUGCUGCUGGCGCUGCUCGUCGCCGUCCUGCUGCCAGAGACCAGAGGCUUCAGCCUCGCCCAGCUGCACGAAAUAUUCAGAGGACCGAACAGGCAGAACCAGCAGACCCGUCUGUAGCCGCAGCCGGCGCAGCCGUGCGGUGCAACGAAGACUGUUUUAGCACAAACACAUAUUAUACCGUGUGUUUUGUCAGGGCUACGACUCAACAGUAUGCGGGUUCGCCUACUCGCUCCACCCGCAAGGUGCCAUAUGGCCGCUGGGGUAUGCAAACCCGCAGGACUGUCGUGUCGUGGCCCUGACAAACAGCAACAGCCAAACUAUGUAAUGCUUUUGAUUUUGACUCAGAUUUACUUGUAUACCCAAGUAUUGCAGAUUUGUUAAAGAAAGGGAAAACAUUGAGGUGUCAUUUUUUUUUCACGGGAUUUGUUUUUGAUAUUAACUUGACAUGAAGGAGGUCUAUGCUGGUGACAAAAUUAGGCCUAUGUCUUGUCUUAUACCACAAAGUUACCAUGCAACAAUAAAAAUUUUCGUAAAAAGUGA